GACGUCCCUUUCCUGCCCCGCCUCUCUGCGAGCAAUGGAGGCUGGAAGCGCGGAGCCCUCUUCGUGCGCGGCGAUGUUGGCGAGCGGGGUUGCACGGAGGGAGCCUCGAAAGAAAGGAUACAUCUGGGGGGUCAAGGCUAAGGGAGAGCCAUCCGAAGUAUCACUGGAAAAAGCUGAGGAGCAGAUGCAGGAGCAGAAACUGAGGAGUCAAGAUGGAGCAAAGAGACAAGAGGAGAGACAGACUCACACAGGGGACAAACCUUAUAAAUGCUUGGAGUGUGGAAAGAGCUUCAGUCGGAGUAGCCAUCUUACUUCGCAUCAAAGAACUCACAUGGAAAACAAACCUUAUGAAUGCUUCGAGUGUGGAAAGAGCUUCAGGUGGAGUAGCGCCCUUACGUCGCAUCAAAGAACUCACACAGAGUACAAACCUUAUAAAUGCUUGGAGUGUGGAAAGAGCUUCAGUCAGAGUGGCCACCUUACUUCGCAUCAAAGAACUCACACAGGGGACAAACCUCAUAAAUGCUUGGAGUGUGGAAGGAGCUUCAGGUGGAGUAGUGCCCUUACUUCACAUCAAAAAAUACACACAAGAGACAAACCUUAUGAAUGCUUGGAGUGUGGAAAGAGCUUCAGUCAGAGUGGCCACCUUUCUUCGCAUCAAAGAACUCACACAGGGGACAAACCUCAUAAAUGCUUGGAGUGUGGAAAGAGCUUCAGUCAGAGCAGCAGCCUGACUUUGCAUCAAAGAACUCACACAGGGGAUAAACCUCAUAAAUGCUUGGAGUGUGAAAAGAGCUUCAGUCGGAAUGACCAGCUUACUUUGCACCACAAAACUCACACAGGAGACAAACCUUAUAAAUGCUUCGAGUGUGGAAAAAGCUUCAGUCAGAGUAGCGCCCUUACUUCGCAUCAAAGAACUCACACAGGGGACAAACCUUAUAAAUGCUUGGAGUGUGGAAAGAGCUUCAGUCAGAGUGGCCACCUUACUUUGCAUCAUAGAAGUCACACAGGGGACAAACCUUAUAAGUGCUUGGAAUGUGGAAAGAGCUUCAGUUGUAGUAGCAACCUUACUUUGCAUCAAAGAACUCACACAGGGGAUAAACCUCAUAAAUGCUUGGAGUGUGAAAAGAGCUUCAGUCGGAAUGACCACCUUACUUUGCACCAGAAAACUCACACAGGAGACAAACCUUAUAAAUGCUUCGAGUGUGGAAAAAGCUUCCGAUGGAGUAGCUCCCUUAUGGUGCAUCAUAGAAGUCACACAGGGGACAAACCUUAUCAAUGCUUGGAGUGUGGAAAGAGCUUCAGUCAGAGUGGCCAGCUUACUUCGCAUCACAAUACUCACACAAGGGACAAACCUUAUAAAUGCUUCGAGUGUGGAAAAAGCUUCAAAUGGUGUAGCGCCCUUACGGUGCAUCAAAGAUCUCACACAGGGGACAAACCUUAUAAAUGUUUGGAGUGUGGAAAGAGCUUCAGUCAGAGUGGCCACCUUACUUCGCAUUACAAAACUCACACAGGAGACAAACCUUAUAAAUGCUUCGAGUGUGGAAAAAGCUUCAGAUGGAGUAGCUCCCUUAUGGUGCAUCAUAGAAGUCACACAGGGGACAAACCUUAUCAAUGCUUGGAGCGUGGAAAGAGCUUCAGUCAGAGUGGCCACCUUACUUCACAUCACAGAACACAUACAGGGAACAAACCUGAUACUUGCUUGUAGUGUAGAAUGGCUACCUUCAGGCACAUCAAAGGAUCCGUUCAAAGGAAGAGAUGUAUAGAUGCUUUGAAUUUGGAAAAAGCUUUAAGUGGAGUUCAACUCUUUCUGUGCAUCAGUGGAUCCAUAUGGGGAAGCCAGGCUACCAACAGGAUUUUUAUGGGCAGUUUCAGACCCCUGACAAUCUUCUUCUCUUAGCUUAACCACAGACUGUUCCACUUCCCUUCACCUGCUAUUUUAUUAUGGAGUUGGCAUGGGAUUCAAUCUCUCCAGCUUAACUGUUUAUGUAGGAACAACAUUCGCUCCCAAUGAUGGUGCAAGUCAUUCCAUCCGUAGCGAGCAGAGUCCAGUGCCAUCCUGUUUUGGAGAACCGUUUUCCUUAUUUAGGUUUGGGUUGCUGGUAGAGUCUUUAUAGUCUUAGAGGCCACAGGAACAGCUUCUUUGAUCUCAUUUGCAAGAAUUUCCACUGUAGAUUGAAUCUCAAUCCUCCAGAACCCACGGCAGCCGUGCCAGCCAAGGGCAGGAAAGAGCCCAUCGUUAGUGGCCUGCUGUUUUCUAUGUCCCAUUGUGCAGAGUGGCGAGCAGGUUUUGAUUUCUCUCUUUUUCUCUCUCAUUGGGGAGGCUCUCUUGUUCCUGAUUCUACCAAGUGGGAGUACCUGAGUGACCCUGACAGCUGGUAUAAGCCAGGCAACAUAGUUUGGCAAUACUUUAUAGGCUUUAUCUCCACAGACCCAAUCAUGUCGUACAAGAGCUUCCCAUGGCUCUUUGUGGAAGGGGGAAAGACCAUGUUUUCCAUGGUUGAACUUACUACCUUUGGUAGUAGUGGCCAGCUAUCCCCCGUCAAGGGACACCACCACCUGGAUCAUGAGGAUUGCUAGUCCUGUUCCCAAAACAGGCUCCCCAGUUGUUCAGGUAUUUACAGACCCAUGCUUGUUGACCAGCAGAAUUGGUAAAGGCAGAGCAAUGGAUCAUGUUGUCAAUAGAAUAGUUACAGGAUGCAUGAAAAUCAUGAUAAUGUUGGCAGAAAGUGGGAUUCUGGGUGAGGUUAUAAUGGAGAAUUUUAUAUAUCCACACAUAUAAACAUAGAAGGCAUUUGUUUAUGAAAUAUAAUAAAAUCACAAGGAACUAAGCAAAAAGGCCCACAGUCCUAUGAGACCCUAAAAUCCAGUCUCAUAGAGAAGCAAGUUCAGCUUGAACUUCUCAACUCAUGAAAUGAAGCAAACAGGCCUGUGUGUGUAACUUUAAUUAAUGAGUAUAUUGUUUGGAAGCAAAUGAACAUGUAACUCAUGAUUGAUAUUUUAAACCGUUUGAUCCUGAGAAAUUAAUUAUUAGUGAAAUACUGGGCAAUCAUAUAUAUUUUAUUCUUGAUUUUGUAGAGCUAUGGCUCCGACUAGUGGAAAACUUUGUAACAUUCUCAAAGUAGGAAUGAGAGAAACUUUGUGUUUUAACUCUAAUUUUUCAGAUGUCCCGGUGUGUUUAAUUUCCAUCUUGAUUGGUAGAAUACAAACGUUGUCAGUGGGUUUUCAUGGUAAAAGGUAUUCUGAAGUAGUUUGCCUUUUCUAUUCCUCUGAGGCUGAGAGAUAGUGGCUGGCUGGCCCCCAGUAGUUUUAGGAAAGGCAGACAAGGCUCCCCCUUGCCUGCACCCAGGUCCGGGGCUGCAUAUCCCACCCCACCUCACCCUAGAGGCCCCUGCCUCAGUCUUCAAUGGGAUAAGGUGGGGAGGCGGGAGAGUGGGUGGCGGGCGUCAUUGUCCCUGGCCACCUCGAUUCAUCCCCCGUGGCUGGGUUUGUCCACCACACAUAUUCCCCAGAGGAAUAAUGUCUGUCCCGCCCUCUCCUUCACUGCCUCGGCAUUUUCCCCACUCAAAGUCACCAUCAUGUGUUGUAAGCCACCCAGAGAGCUUUGGCUAUGGGGCGGUAUACAAAUGUAAUAAAUAAAUAAAUAAUGGCCAAUGUACCCGAACAUAUCAUUUCAAGGGGGUUCCCUUUGUCAUGAAAACCUGAAUUUAAGAUGGUUGUGUAGCAAAGAAUUGUAGGGUUUCAUUUGUUAAUGCGGGAUCUUAACAGGUUAACAUUUGGCUUCUGUAUUAGAGCUCUGAGUUGGCAGUUUUAUUUCCCAGCUGUGGGUAAGCAGAGGCCCACCCUAACACCCCCUUGUCAGGAGAAGCCAGGCUCCAUCAAGGUCGUACAGCCCUUGAAGUUUUAGGGAGGAUGUUCCAUUUGGCCAGGAGACGGAUGGGCCCUUUUUCCAUGAAGAAAUUUCCUGAUUGGUUAAUUGGAAUCAGCCUGUUGCUGGGCAGCUUCACAUAAGUAUGGAGCUCAAACCUUGGCUUUCGUUCCUCUCCUGGGUCCCAUCAUGCCUACUUGAUGCUGCCAGUUGAGCUUCCAUUUUGCAUCGACUCUCCUGCCUGUUCCUCUCUCUGAGGAGAGGGGUGUGUGCAACUGUCUACCUGUGUGUAAGGAGAGACUAGGCUACAUAGCUUUCUUGUUUUUCUGUUGGGACUGAACUCUCUGUAUCUUACCUUGCUCCUUUUGGGUGUGCAUAUUAAGGAACAAUUUUGCUGCUGUAAC